AGAAACACAACAAUGACUUUGAGAUGACAUCCUUCUGGCUGGCCAACACCAGCAGACUCCUGCACUGUCUGAAGCAGUACAGUGGGGAUGAGGCGUUUAUGACCCAGAACACGACCAAGCAGAAUGAGCACUGCUUGAAGAACUUUGACCUGGCAGAGUACCGGCAGGUCCUGAGCGACCUGUCCAUCCAGAUCUACCAGCAGCUAAUCCGGGUGGCAGAGGCAAUAUUACAGCCCAUGAUUGUGUCGGCUAUGUUGGAGAGCGAGAGCAUCCCAAGCCUUGCGGGUGUGAAGCCCAUGGGCUACCGGAACCGGUCCUCCAGUAUAAACUGCGAGAGCGGGGGUCCGGUGGGGUACACGCUGGAGGCGCUGAUCCGCCAGCUGGGCCAGUUCUCCAGCACCAUGGGGGCCCACGGGCUGGACCCUGAGAUCUCCCAGCAGGCCGUGCGGCAGCUCUUCUACUGCAUCAACGCCGUGACGCUCAACAACCUGCUGCUGCGCAAGGACGUGUGCUCCUGGAGUACAGGCAUGCAGCUCCGGUAUAAUAUCAGUCAGAUGGAGGAGUGGCUUCGGGGGAAGAACCUGCAGCAGUGUGGCGCAGUGCUCACCAUGGAGCCCCUCAUCCAGGCUGCUCAGCUCCUGCAGUUGAAGAAGAAGACUUCCCAGGAUGCCGAUUCCAUUUGCUCCCUCUGCACUGCUCUCACCACUCCACAGAUUGUGAAAAUCCUCAACCUGUACACCCCGCUGAAUGAGUUUGAGGAACGAGUCACCGUGUCCUUCAUCAGGAGCAUCCAGAGCCGGCUGCAUGACCGCAAUGAUGGGACACAGCUCCUGGCAGACACUAAGCACACGUUCCCCGUGCUGUUCCCCUACACCCCCUCCGCCCUCAGCCUGGAGAGCCUGCACAUCCCGGCCUGCCUCAACCUCCACUUCCUGUCCCGAGUCUGAGGGCUGGGCUCUGUCUGCCCUCCACUUCCUGUCUCAGUCUGAGGGCUGGGCUCUGUCUGCCCUCCACUUCCUGUCUCAGUCUGAGGGCUGGGCUCUGUCUGCCCUCCUAUAACCGCUCAGAUGGGCUCUGUCAUAAAGCCUCUGUCACCAGCAUCCUGAUCCAGCACAGCCUUUCAGCCUAAACCAGCCUUCAACCAGGAGAUCCCGCACCAUUACAUUAUUGGCAUUUUGGCAGACGCUCUUGGCAACAACACCCAAUAUCUCGGAACAUCUCCCCCGUGGAGCGAGCCUUCACACACAGACUGGGCUCAGACCUACAGCCUGUCCUUUAGGCCACUGGAUACUCUUCUGUGAUGGUCCGCAUGGUCCUGUCAGUGCAGUGCUUAUGACAAUAUUCUCCGGCCUUCAUUGUGCUGGAGCUCUUUGCUCUCAGGGACUCACUUUCCCAACAGUGAUCAGAGCUGCCUCCCCUGGGAUCAGAACCGUCCCCUGCCUCACCUGGGAUCAGAGCUGCCUCCCCUGCCUCACCUGGGAUCAGAGCUGUCCCCUGCCUCACCUGGGAUCAGAGCUGUCCCCUGCCUCACCUGGGAUCAGAGCUGUUACCUGCCUCACCUGGGAUCAGAGCUGUCCCCUGCCUCACCUGGGAUCAGAGCUGUCACCUGCCUCACCUGGGAUCAGAGCUGUCACCUGCCUCACCUGGGAUCAGAGCUGUUACCUGCCUCACCUGGGAUCAGAGCUGUCCCCUGCCUCACCUGGGAUCAGAGCUGUCACCUGCCUCACCUGGGAUCAGAGCUGUCACCUGCCUCACCUGGGAUCAGAGCAGUCACCUGCCUCACCUGGGAUCAGCGUGUAUGGGCCUGGCCAGGUGACAUUACUGCAGGGAGAGAAAGGGAGAGAGGGACAUGGAGACAGUGAGGGGAAAAGAGAGCAAGGGGAUGGAUGAACAGAGAGAGGAAGGGAGAAGGGAAUAGAGGAAGGAGGCAGAGAUAAGAGUGAGAGAGGAAGAGAGGAGAGGGGGAUAUGGAGUGUGUAUGUGUAUGUAUUUCAGUAGAUGACGGGACAGGUGUGUAUGUAUUUCAGUAGAUGACAGGGGACAGGUGUGUAUGUAUUUCAGUAGGUGACAGGGGACAGGUGUGUAUGUAUUUCAGUAGAUGACAGGGGGCAGGUGUGUAUGUAUUUCAGUAGAUGACAAGGGACAGGUGUGUAUGUAUUUCAGUAGAUGACGGGACAGGUGUGUAUGUUUUUCAGUAGGUGACGGGGCAGGUGUUUAUGUAUUUCAGUAGGUGACGGGGCAGGUGUGUAUGUAUUUCAGUAGAUGACAGGGGACAGGUGUGCAUGUAUUUCAGUAGAUGACAGGGGACAGGUGUGCAUGUAUUUCAGUAGAUGACAGGGGACAGGUGUGUAUGUAUUUCAGUAGAUGACAGGGGACAGGUGUGUAUGUAUUUCAGUAGAUGACAGGGACAGGUGUGUAUGUAUUUCAGUAGAUGACAGGGGGCAGGUGUGUAUGUAUUUCAGUAGGUGACGGGGCAGGUGUGUAUGUAUUUCAGUAGAUGACAGGGGACAGGUGUGUAUGUAUUUCAGUAGAUGACGGGACAGGUGUGUAUGUAUUUCAGUAGAUGACAGGGGACAGGUGUGUAUGUAUUUCAGUAGAUGAAAGGGGACAGGUGUGUAUGUAUUUCAGUAGAUGACAGGGGACAGGUGUGUAUGUAUUUCAGUUCUGCAGAGCCAAUCCAGCACAAGGACUCCACAGAAGACAAGUUAGAAGAAGGAGAGAUCAAUCACAACAACUUUUGAAAUUCAGAGAGUACCUGCUAGAAUGUUCCAGAUGAGAGAGGACAGAACACACCGGCUGUAUCAGCUGGGUUCCAGCUCCGAAAGUUAACCUGUCCUGCAGCAGACCUGUUUGUGAGGGGUGUAGUUUUUAUCUAGCUAAAGACUGUACAGCUUCCUGGUCCAGCUGAAGAAGCGAUGGCAGAACCUUUAUUCGUUAUUUUUCUGUUAUCUCCUGCUGUUCCAUUCAGGCCAUGCCACCGUUUAAAAUCUUUACAGUAAUAAAAGGUGUUGUACAUGGGAGUCGUAUUUCAGCCCCAGAGGGUGAUGGGUGAUCAGACUCGGCGGUGCUGGAUCUAGGCGGUGCUGGAUCUAGGCGGUGCUGGAUCUAGGCGGUGCUGGAUCUAGGCGGUGCUGGAUCUAGGCGGUGCUGGAUCUAGGCGGUGCUGGAUCUAGGCGGUGCUGGAUCUAGGCGGUGCUGGAUCUAGGCGGUGCUGGAUCUUGGCGCCGGUGAUUCAGAUUCAGAUUUUAUUUUAUGCUUUUAAUGUAUUUUAAUGUACGUGGAAAUUUACGUUUGAUAUUGCCUUUAUAUUUGUUUGGGGGGGAAAGGCAGGGGGCUGUAAGGCAGAGGGUUGUAAGGCAGGCACCACUAAUGUUGUGUUAUCCCAUCUUCUUUUUUCAUUUUUUUCAGUUUGUGUUAUGUGCUGGCACCUGCAGUCAGAUGUGUGGUAAUGCACAAGACUGAGUGGCCAGAUUUAAUCAAAAUGCACUCCACUGUGUCUGGGUGAAAGGACACAGUCAACAGCAAUAUGAAAUGCACACUUACACACACACACACACACACACACACCGACACACACAAGCAUGUCGCAUUAGGCAGCAGGGAGCAGUAAAUUUCUGCCUUACAGGGUCAGUGCUCUACUUGUAUUUGCCAAACUGCCCAUCUUAGAAAAGGCCUCAGCUGAGGGUUGCAUGUGCCAUAACCACACCUGACACCUGUUUUGCUUUCACCACAUUCAUACAGGUGAACAGAGAUUUAAAGAUGGAUGGUUAUCAAUAUGUCCACAUCCAUACAGGUGAACAGAGAUUUAAAGAUGGAUGGUUAUCGAUAUGUCCACAUCCAUACAGGUGAACAGAAAUUUAAAGAUGGAUGGUUAUAGAUAUGUCUGCUUCCUGGUUACAUGUCAGUUUAGCCUCCCCUGUGGUUUCUUUGAGUGGUACAAGAUGGUAUGUGUCUGUCUGUCUGUGUGUGCAUACCUCUCUGUUUGUGUAUAAGUGCGUCAUACAUUGGGGGUUUUAUAUAUGCAAAUGUGGUAUGUAGUGGCCUUUGAAGGCUGCAGUAAAAUCUCUUUGAUUUUGAGAAAAAUUUACGAUUUAUGCUAUGCUAAUCAAAACGGAAAGAGUUUUUCUAUUUGAACAAAGGUGUACACUGCACGUUGCUGUCUAUAGAAAAUCCAUUAUAUCAUUCAACAUAUGAAAAUAAUAAAGGCUGAUUUUUUUAUAUA